AUGAACGCCAUAAAAUCUAGUUUAUAUCGCCGUUUACCUAGUUUAAUGGUAUAUCGUUCAGUUACAACAAAAAAGAAAAUACCGGAUCCAGAUGAAGAGGAACAAUUACCAAUUUUCAAAUAUCCUGUCAGUAAAAGUUCCGAUCGACGGGUUUACGUUUGGGGAAUGGCAGAAACAGGAGCCCUGGGCAUACACUUGCCUGGAAGAGGUAAAAGGGGCAAGAAAUCUUACAGAAACGACUUUUCUCUUGUUUGGUUUCCUAUGAGGUCUAGUUUUUGUGAGAGGUUUGAUGUGACACAAAUAGCAUGUGGUUAUGGCUUUACGGUUGCAGCUGUUAAAACAGAUGAACAACACAAAUUAUUUGGCACUGGAAUUAAUACAGAUUCACAGAUAGGAUAUCAUGCUCCAAGAAUAGGUCAUCCUCUAGAACUAUUGCUUAGUCCGGCACCAAUUUAUAUUCCUUACAAGUCUUUGGAAACUAAGAUUACAGGUUUGGCAGCUGGGAGAGCACAUACAGUUAUACUGACGGACAAUGAAGGAGUCUACACACUUGGCAAUAAUGCCUAUGGUCAGUGUGGCAGAAAGAUUAAUCCCAAAGAGGAAUACAGAGGGAGUAUGGUGUCUUACAAUAUAAAAAGAUUAGGAAAGGAAAACAUUAAUUAUGUGUGCUGUGGGCAAGAUCAUACUCUCUUUAUAACAGAAUCUGGAAGGGUAUAUGCUUGUGGAUGGGGUGCUGAUGGUCAAACAGGUUUGGGAACAUAUGACAAUCAAGAUAUACCAGCUCCAGUACAGGGAGAUAUAACAAGUGAGAAAAUUGUUAAAGUGACAUCAACAGUUGAUUGUGUCCUUGCAAUUAAUGACAAAGGUGAGCUUUUUGGUUGGGGUAAUUCUGAGUAUGGGCAAAUUCCAAUGACAUCAAAGUGUGAUCAAGUAAAUAAAUCAUAUGCACUGGUCAAUUUUACACGUGGACUUGGUAAAAUUGUGGACAUUGCUGCAGGAGGCUCCUUUUGUCUUAUUGUUAACGACCAAGGUGAUGUGUUUGUGUGGGGCUUUGGCUUGCUUGGACUAGGGCCUAAUGUUCAGCAUUCAACAAAUCCAAAGCAAAUACCUCCAGCCCUUUUUGGAAGAAAUGAAUUUAACCCUGAGAGUGCUGUCCAGAAAGUUGCGUGUGGAAUUGGGCACUUAGCUGCUGUUACCAAUAAUGGAGAUUUGUAUACAUGGGGACGAAAUAGGCAUGGAUGCUUAGGUUUGGGUCACACUAAAGAUCAGCAUUUUCCAUUGAAAGUUUCGAUCGGAGCUCAUGUUUUGGAUGUUAAAUGCAGUGUUGACCACACUAUAGCCUAUUGUAAGCCAUUUGUUUAA